AUGGGCACCGGCUGGGAACUCACUCAGGCUCUCCGAGAGAAGAUAUACCUCUAUGCGUCUUACCCUCAAACGUCAGUAAGCAUCCGGCAGAUGGUCCAGUUCGGGCCCAACCCGCUGCCCGGGUCUAUCUUUCUCGCCUCUCAGUUCAUUGUGGAGGAGCUCCCUAUUCGUUUGGCCUUGAAGGUCAAGGAUUUGGAAAAUGCGCCCUUGGGGCUCUCAAAACAACCACUGACGAUAAAAGUGAAGAAUUGGUAUGCGCAGUCUUUUGAGGAAUUGACGCUGCUUCCGAAACCAAAGAUCGACGAAAAGCUCAAGAAGCUUCUAUACAGCAACAACGGGAACGGCGCCAGGCUGGUGAGCGACAUCGAAGAUAAACACGAGGUAAACGAAACACAAAACUUGGCUCAGCAGCAGCUGAACGACGUGGCGGUCAACAACGUCUUCUCAGAUGAUGGCAUUGUGGUAAGACAUCAUCCUCAUACACAACAAACGGGCGCCCGUUCAACGAGGCUGCGGCUGGAGGCGCCCACGUAUGGCAAAACGUAUUUUACGCCGUGUCCCAUGAAUAUUGUGUGGCCGAAGGAAGUUUAUGACUAUAAUAAGUUGGUUCAUGAUGCUCUCAGUAAGAUCAAAAAGAGGCACGACGCUACAGUGGCCACGAUGGCACAGGGCGUGCUGGAGUGGAAAACAGAACACAAAAUUGUCAGUGUGAACCUGGCCAUUCAAACGUUCUUGGAUAGGUUUUACAUGCUGAGAAUAGGAAUCAGAAUGCUCAUUGGGCAGCAUAUAGCACUCAACAUGCUGCAGCAACUGCCGACGAAACAAAGAAUCAACACAUUUCUCAACGGCAGCAGUGGUAACAGUAAUCAGGGUGCUAAAAAUGGCAGAAACAACUACGUGGGUGUCAUUUGCACCGACUGCAACGUGAAGGAGAUCGCCGAGGACGCUGCAGAGACAGCGAAAUAUAUCUGUGAGGAGCACUACGGUCUUUUCGAGGCUCCCGAGAUCCAGUUGAUUGCUCCCCAGGAGCUGAUUAGCUUCAUGUACGUGCCCGGCCACUUGAUCCACAUUUUGUUUGAGGUUCUUAAGAACUCCUUAAGAGCAACCAUUGAGUUUCACACACCGAGAUUGAAGGAGCAGUUGUUGAAGGAAAAUCCCGGGAUGAAAGAGAGCGACGUCGAUCUAAAUGACCUUAAGUUCCCACCAACAAAAGUUAUCAUCAGUGAAGGGUUCGAAGACAUCGCCAUUAAGAUCUCCGAUGAAGGUGGUGGUAUAGCACGUUCUGAAAUCCCUUUGAUCUGGACCUAUUUAUACACCACCGUCGACAAGACGCCCGUGUUGGACCUGGACGGCAACAACCAGACAAGCUUUAGAGCGCCAAUGGCAGGUUUCGGUUAUGGGUUGCCCAUCUCGAGAUUAUAUGCGCAGUACUUUGGAGGCGACUUGAAGUUGAUCUCCAUGGAAGGGUACGGCACCGAUGUUUACAUUCAUUUGAACCGCUUAAGCAGCUCCCUGGAGCCGUUGCCAUAA